UGUCACCAUCAUAUAUGUCAAACUCACGAGGAUACGUUAACAUGAUGGACAAGUUUACUCUGCUCACCCUCUGCUUUUCUUUGAUCCUUCAGUAUGUUUGUUGUUCGGUGAAAUCUUUCAAUGUGAGUGAACCUCUAAAUCACACACUGAAUGAAGAUGGGUCAGUUUCUGUCAUAUGCAUGUUUGAUGGACCAGGUGUGGAAUGGGAUGCUAAGUUGAAAAUGAACAAUGAAAAUAUUUGUGAGCUUUAUCAAAAAGAAGACCAAACAGAAUAUAAAAUGUGUGAUUGGGAUCUUAAAGACAACAAAUUCAAGUUCACCUUAAAGAAGCUGGAGGCCAGACACAAAGAUCAACUGUUCUCAUGUGAGAUAUCCAGAACACUUCCACUUCCAAUCAGUACUAAUAAAGGAGUGAAAACUAAGCUUUUCCCAGGAGUCAAUAUUCCUUUUCCUCUGCCGAGGAGCAACUGUUCAAGCACUGGUUCAACAGCUGAACCGAUGAAUGACAAAUCUACAGACAUUCAGUAUAUCUUAAUCUUGGGACUGAUUGUGGUGGUGUUACUGCUCUCUCUCUAUAGCAUUAUUAUUACCAACAUCUACAUCAGAUUGAAGGUCACAAAGUUUGAAUCAUCUGACACAUUGACCUAUGUGCCAAUGCAGAGGAAAGUUAAACGGUGUGAUCUAGAAAACACAGAAUACGUGGACAUGCGUAAGGUGCAGAAACAGAGAGGAUCCAUCAGAGAUAUGAACCACAGCUCUCAUCCUGUCGGAGCCAAAUAGCAAAUCUCUAGUGGCGUGCUCAUGUUGGCACAUCAGAGCAUACACUUUACCUUUUUUGGACUCACAUAGCUGGAUAAGAUAAUGUUAAUCUACACUAAAGAAUAUCGCAGAAGAAAAUUAUUGGCUUACUGUACUUGCAGUAAUGGCCAGACAAAAAAAGACUUUACUUAAUGUGUUAUGAUUCUCUGUUGUUUGCCUUGAAUUUUGCCUCUGUCAUCUGUUUCCCCCUGGACCACACUUCCCAUAAUUCCCUGCUCUGAUCACCUCCAGCUGUUCCCCAUUGUUUCUCACAUGUGUUUCAUUUACUUUGUUAUCCAUGUGUGUAUAUAUUGCCCUGAUGUCUGUUCUACCCUUGUCAGUUGUUAAUGUUUCUAUCCAGUUCAUGCUCCGGUUCUAGUCCUGUUUGUUUACCUUUUGUUUCGCUUCCUGGUUUCCUGUCUUGCCUUGUUUCAGCGUAAUCCUGCUUUGUGAUCUCCCUCAUUGUAACAUAUGCCAGAAAAUCUGCAUAUUGCUGUAUCCUAUCUGCCCUCUGUUGCAGAAUGUUUUUAUCUGGUGGCUUGUACAGCUACAUGCUAAUUAUUAUAUUCAGUCAUUGUAGCUAUGCAUAGCUGACAGUGUAUUAUAUCUUGUAAAUGUUUAUAUCUUUGGCAUUUUAUGUAUUUCAUGGACCUUGAACUAUAGUAAUAUCUGGUAAUGUUCAAUACAAGAAAGUGCUUGAUUGUUCAUUUUUGUUUCUUCAAAGAUUAUAAUGUUUAUCACGUUAUAAUUUUGGCAUAAAUAUAGAAUACAGAGACUACA